UUGUCAAAAUAUAAUCCUAUCUUUGUGAUUUAGUUAUUGUUUUGAAUAAUAUCCGCGUCAUCCGAUAUAGAAAUGUAUUAAGUGCAUAUAAUUUAGUUUUUUAAUUCUGUGAUAUUUAAUUCUAUCCAUAUAUUUAGUGAAAAUAUUACAUUUUUUUGGUAACUAAUCGAUAUUUACUCCCUCUUUUUAACUAAUCAUAAAGUCAGUUAUCAUAAAUAGUGUCAGCUGAACUCGUCAAAUAGAAAAAAAAAUGGGUACCCGUGAUGACGAAUACGAUUAUUUAUUUAAAGUGGUAUUAAUUGGGGAUUCUGGUGUUGGUAAAAGUAAUCUAUUAUCACGGUUUACUAGAAAUGAAUUUAAUUUGGAAUCAAAGUCUACAAUAGGCGUCGAAUUCGCUACUAGGAGUAUACAGGUCGAUGGGAAAACAAUUAAAGCUCAAAUAUGGGAUACAGCUGGACAAGAACGUUACAGAGCUAUAACAUCAGCAUAUUAUAGAGGUGCCGUUGGCGCAUUACUUGUUUAUGAUAUUGCCAAACAUUUAACAUACGAAAAUGUUGAAAGAUGGUUGCGUGAAUUACGUGAUCAUGCCGAUCAAAAUAUUGUAAUCAUGCUUGUUGGUAAUAAAAGUGAUUUACGACAUUUACGUGCUGUACCAACUGAUGAAGCACGCGCCUUUGCCGAACGUAAUGGUUUAUCAUUUAUUGAAACAUCUGCAUUGGAUUCAACUAAUGUUGAGACUGCAUUCCAGAAUAUACUCACGGAAAUUUACCGAAUUGUAUCACAAAAACAAAUUCGUGAUCCACCUGAAGGUGAUACAAUUAGACCGCAAAAUGUGGAGCCUAUUGAUGUGAAACCGACUAUGUCCUCGGAAAGUGUUCGCAAGCAAUGUUGCCAGUGACACGUUACGCUUCAGAUAUGUGCACAUGACGAUGAUACGAUGAAAUGGCGACAGAUUAAUUGGAAUUGUCAUGCAAAGAAUCAACCAAUGGCAUCUUUUUUACGGAUUACAAUACAUUAACUUAUAAAUAUUAUUGAUUCACAUUUAAUUUGGAGAACUUGGGGCGCGUCUAUAUAACAACAUAAAUAAUAUUAUCGUAACACGUCGCCAAAGUGAGAUCAAAUCAAACAAAUUAAAAUUGUACGUCCAAUUUAGUCAAUGUGUACUAACUAGCCUCGCGCCUAAAAUGAAGAUCGCAGUGUGUGCUAUCUCUAAAAGUUUACAUUUAAUUAUGUAUCAAUAUUAUAGAAACACAAAAAACAAAAUUAUUGCUGUAUAUAUAAUUUAGGAUUUUGUUAAUAAUUCCUAUUUGACAUAUUUUUCAAUUUUCGGAGACGGGUGUAAGUUUGUUUUAUUUUGCCAGUGAUAUUAUGUUUGUUUUAAUUGAAAAAUAUGUUAAAUGCAGAUAAAACACUAUUUAGGAGUCGGAUAAAAUAAAAUAUUUAGGGAAUAUAA